AUGCGACUUCAACAUUGUUGUUACGCACAAUCUGUUGGUCAAAUUCCGCAUUACACAAAUAAACCAUCAUCAACAGAUUUUCAAUCUGAAGAUGUUGAAAAAUAUGUUGAAUCAGCCAUUCUUUAUCAAAAUGUAACUCAGCUUCUUCAGAAACGUGAAGAAUAUGCAGUAGUUGAAGAUGACUUUGGUCCAACACUGACUCAGAUGUUAAUUCGUGGAAAUAAGCCAUCGUUUACAAAUCUAGUAGCAGCAUGCAGAAAGUUUGAUGAUGAAGGUUUUAUCAACUUACAUCUGAUGACAACUGAACAGUCUUAUCGACACUUUCUGAAAAAAAAUAUUAGUGAAGAUGAUGCUAAAGCAUAUGCAUUUGCUAUCGCAUUUUAUACAGGUGCAUAUAGUGAAAUGCUCAAUCUAAAUGCAAAUAUAUUUGCUCGACGAUGGCAACGAAACAAAGCAACAAAUGCAGAAAAUGGUCUUUCACAUAUUAAUUUCUAUUGGGGUCGAGUUGUACGAUAUGUUAAGUUGAGUGACAAAGGUCUUAAGGAUUAUAAACCUGGUGAAAUUCUUACAUGGCUUCAAUUUAGUAGUUCUGAUAAAGGUGAUGAUAAAAAUGCUAAACAUCUAAAAUAUUUUAAAGAACGUAAUGCUAAAUUUAUUAUUCAUUCUUUAACUGGUCGAGCCAUACGAGAUUAUUCUAAUUGUUCUCAAGAUGAGGAUGAAGUUUUAUUUUUACCUCAUUCCACAUUUCUUGUAUGUCAUAAAGAAAUUAAAGAUAGAAAAAACAUUAUUUAUAUGAGACAAAUUGAACUUGGUCUAUGCAAAUAUGUUGUCUUAUGGGUUGAUGAUCAUAUAUUUCAUGAUUGGUGGGAAAAUAAAGAACACAUGGAAAAAGCAAGUACCCUUGGUACACAAGUCAAUGUUCAUUUCAUCCCAAAAUCUACAACAGAAAAUGCAGUAGCCUUUCUUCGAUCUCCAUUUGGACAACGAUUAAAAAGUAGUAAUACAUUUCGGAUUGUUACUGAUAUGAAUCGUGAUAAUGAAAAUUCACCAAAUGAUGCUGGUGUUCGUCUACUUUAUCAAGUACGACAGCUUGGAUUCUAUCAGAAAUGUCUUAUAUUUACUGGUAAUGCAUGGGAAGGUCAAAGAAAAUUAAAUAAAGCAUUUCAAGGAAAUCAAAUGAAUGACAUUCAAGUCACCGAAGAUCCAGCUGAUCUUGAAAAGUUCGUUCUUUUCAAAUGA